GCCUGUUGGCCGAGGGCUGCUUGGCGUCGGGUCUGGGCAGGCUUGCGGUGAGGAGCUGUGGCCGAAGCAGGUGUCCUGGCAGAAUCGGCAGUAGAGAAGGCGCCAUGGACGACCAAGGCUGCCCCAGGUGUAAGACCACCAAAUACCGGAACCCCUCUUUGAAGCUGAUGGUGAACGUGUGCGGACACACGCUGUGUGAGAGUUGUGUGGACUUAUUGUUUGUGAGAGGAGCUGGAAACUGUCCUGAGUGUGGUACUCCACUUAGAAAGAGCAACUUCAGGGUGCAACUCUUUGAAGAUCCCACUGUUGACAAAGAGGUUGAGAUUCGGAAAAAAGUGCUAAAGAUAUAUAAUAAGAGGGAAGAAGACUUUCCUAGUCUAAGAGAAUAUAAUGAUUUCCUAGAAGAAGUGGAAGAAAUUGUUUUCAACUUGACCAACAAUGUGGAUUUGGACAACACCAAAAAGAAAAUGGAGAUAUACCAAAAGGAAAACAAAGAUGUUAUUCAGAAAAACAAGUUAAAGCUGACUCGGGAACAGGAGGAAUUAGAAGAAGCUUUAGAAGUAGAACGACAGGAAAAUGAACAGAGAAGACUAUUUAUACAAAAAGAAGAGCAACUUCAGCAGAUUCUAAAAAGGAAGAAUAAGCAGGCUUUUUUGGAUGAACUGGAGAGUUCUGAUCUUCCUGUUGCUCUACUUUUGGCUCAGCAUAAAGAUAGAUCUACACAAUUAGAAAUGCAACUUGAGAAACCCAAACCUAUAAAACCAGUGACGUUUUCCACAGGCAUCAAAAUGGGUCAAUAUAUUUCAUUAGCACCUAUUCAAAAACUUGAAGAAGCUCUAUAUGAAUAUCAACCACUGCAAAUAGAGACAUGUGGUCCGAAAGUUCCUGAGUUCGAGAUGCUAGGAAGACUUGGAAUCACCACUGGCCAGCUGCAGUCCAGGCCCUGUGCACACCCCUCGAGAAAUCACCCAAGAAUCUGGACUCCUGGGAGGCAGGCCUCCAGACCUCAGAGUGAGAAUGGAGGGGAGUGCUGGGAGCUCAGAGUUGCAGGUAUUUAAACCAUGUCAGAGCUGCCUCUCCACAGGACCUUGCUGGGGGCUACACUUCUUCCCUUGCUUGUCACAGAGCUCUACAAGAUGCAUUCAGUGGGCUUUUCUGGCAGCCCAGUUAACCUUUAUUUGUCUGUUCAUAAGAUUUGGACCUUGGAGCUGAACCUGGGAGCUAGCAAAAGUGAAGCAGACUCAUAAAACUAUAGCUGUGUGCAGCUGCACAGAACACUGCUGCCAUAAGCAGCUGUGUUAAAGUAUUUAUAAAGAGAAAUGUUCAGAAAGAAACAAAUAUAGGGGAUAUAUAUUUAGAAAAAUAGUUUUUACUUACAUUUUUCUGAGAGAGAUUGAUGCAGUAAGCUUCAUCUGAUGGAAGAGAGGAAUAAAUAAUUCAUAUGUAUGUUUAAGGUUGACAGACUUGUAAAAAUCUUUUCAAAAAUAAAGCUAGACUUUAUAUUAA